AUGGCUCCAUCUCUGACCGAAACGGCCGCCCAUGUCGUUCCAAUCCCCACCAAGGCAUCACAAAGAGAACCUGUCCAAGCGACCGGCGCACUCGACGCCUACGACUCCUUCGACGUGACCCCCAUUAUCGGUCGCGAGUUCAGCAACGCGAACCUGAAAGAUUGGCUGCGCGCCCCGAACUCUGAUGAUCUCCUGCGAGAGCUCGCCCUCACCGUAUCCCAGCGCGGCGUGGUCUUCUUCCGCAAACAAGACGACCUCGACAACGACCUCCAAAAGGAACUCGUGCAGCGCCUGGGCCAACUCUCCGGCAAGCCCUCCACCUCGGGACUGCACGUCCACCCGAUCAUCAACGCAAGCCGGGAGCACGGCGACAAGGACAACGAGAUCAGCGUGAUCAGCUCGCGGGCGCGCCAGAAGCUGUUCAAGGGGUUCGAGAAGCGCCAGAGCAACAAGCGCGAGUGGCACAGUGAUAUCACCUUCGAGCCGAUUCCGAGCGACUAUACGAUCUUGCGGCUGACGGAGUUGCCGACGACGGGUGGGGACACCCUCUGGGCCUCCGGCUACGAGCUGUACGAUCGCAUCUCCGAGCCUUACCAGAAAUUCCUCGAGGGACUCACCGCCACCUACGCGCAACCCGGGUUCAACGAGAUCGCCAAGAAUAACGGUUUUGAUGUGUUCGUGGGCCCGCGGGGCGCCCCCGAGAACGUCGGCGAGGUCCUGCAGGCCACCCACCCGGUGAUCCGCACCAAUCCGGUGACGGGAUGGAAGAGUGUGUUUGCCGUGGGCCACCAUGUGCAGAAGAUUGAUGGGUUGACUGAGGAAGAGAGUCGCCAUCUGCUGGACUGGUUUGUGAAAUUGAUUGUCGAGAAUCAUGAUCUCCAGGUUCGGUUGCGGUGGCAGAAUCCGAAUGAUUUGGCGAUUUGGGAUAACCGCAGCGUGUACCAUGCGGCUACCCCAGACCACGAGGAUUUCGGCCCACGCACUGGGCAGCGUGUGGUGGGGUUGGGGGAGAAGCCGUAUUUGGAUCCGAGCAGCACCGGAAGACGUGAGGCUUUGGAGAAGACUGCAUGA